GCCUCCGCUCCCGUCCCGUCCCGUCCGGGCGCUGCUGCCGGGGGCGGCCGGGCCACGGGGCUGCGCUCGCAGAGGCGGCGGCGGCGGCGGCGGCGGUUCGGUGCGGUGCGGUGCGGAAGCUAUUUCAGCAAGAAAGAACACAUGUAAGAGACAAGAUGUCUCAUGCUGGGGGACAAUACAAAGAUAAUCAAUGCAUGUACCACGAGAAUCGUGGAUCUGCGAGAUGUAAGGAGGACAGAAGAGCAAGGAAACCACACCCAUGCAAUGGAAGUUCAGCAGAAGACAUCCGGAGUGGUCAGCAUGCAAGGGCUUCCACCAUUUCCUCCGACACUUACCAUAAAACCUCGGGAGCAGCACAGGAGUACUUUGACCCACCACUGCAAUGUUAUCCUUCCAAGGAAACCUUGUGGAUGAAGUGUUCAAAGGUAUGCACAACAAGAGGCAUUUUGAAGUUUGUGGAAAUCACAAUUAAUCUCCUGGUGCUGAUUUGCAUAGGUGCUGCCCAAGCCUCCCUUGCAGGCUUCACAUCCAUCGGUGGCUUGGGUGUUGGCUCCUUUAGCCUGAGCUCAGCCUACAGCCCCUUUGAGGGGACCGAGCUGCAGGAGGUGAGAGAGCUGGACAUGCAGUUCACUCAGAUGAGAGCCCCUUGCGUGUACGGCGGAGUAGCCUUCAGCUUAACGGCAAGCUCACUUACCCUCCUCUUCCUUGUUGUGGGGGCAAAACCCAUCCAACGCCUCACCAUGGGGCUGCUCACGGGCGAGUGUGCCUUCAACUUGCUGGCUGGCGUUGGGUACAUCAUGGCUGUUGGCCUCUACUUGCAUUUUGUUAUCCAGGUGAACUCGACGGAGGUUUGCAAGAAGCGGGAGAGGCUGUAUGCGCGCCGCGGUUAUACCUCCAUGAACUGUGUGGUCCAGGGCGGCGAUGCGGCUGUUGGCCUCUUUGGUGUCGCUGCUGCCUGUCUGUACUUUGCCAGCUUCGUGAUCUGCGUCCACACCGUUCAAACCGUCCAGGCUUUCCAGAGCCACGCCACCGAGGCUCAGGGCAGCCCUGAGAGCAGCCUCAGAGACAGAAGUGUCAGGGACCACCUUGUGGUCCGCAGGAGCUCCGAGAGGUCCCAUGGCGUCCAGGCUCUUGCCACAUUAGUGUAAGGUCAGCUUUGGGACUGUGACAGAGAAUAGCAGCUUCGGCAAGGGACAGACACUGGAUUUUAAAUGCUAAACAGGUAACCAGUCCAACCAUGUAUUGUGCAAGGAGGUGUCGAAUCACCAAAUGUAACGAUACUGCUGUAACAUGUAAUAAAAUAGACACUUUGAGAGGAAGUUUUAACAA